GAUGCGAGUGCGCUGCGAUAGAAGAAAAAAACAGGGUCGAAACGACAACCGAAGGGAGGACUGUGUAGUGUAAUCAUGUGUCAAGAAUCACGUGCUGCUGCUGCUGCUGCUACUGCUGCUGCGGCGCGGCGAGCGCCGUCGCCGAGGCGGGCCUCGGCGGAGAGCGCGAUUAUGCGGCCUUUUCCGCGACCCGCACAAAGAAGAGGCGCCCUCCGUCAGCCUCGACCUGCCACCGGCUCGCGUCGACCGACCCGGCCGCGUGCCACACCUCCACAGCCCAGUGCGCCAGCCCGCAGAAGUUGCCCUCCUCGAUGCCCCAUCCCGUGGGCCACGCGGCCAAGGCGGUGCCGAGAGGCGGCGGCGGCGCCGCGGUCGCCUCGAGACGCGCCGCGACGGCGUCAAAGGCGAUCCGCCUCGCGCCCGUCGCGGCCGCCUCGGCCAGCAGCGCCUCCCCGGCCAGCCGCGGGAGGUCGCCCUCCGUCUCGAACCAGCACGACGAGCGGCCGUCGGCGCACGCCUCGUCCCACGCCUUGAGCUGGCGGACAAAGGCCGCCAAGCUCUUGAGGCCGGGCGAGGGCGCGGCGGGCGACGGGGCAAGGGA